UCCGACUGUGUAUUUGACAAGUAGACUACAAUUAUACGGGAAAAAUGUGCCCGUGGAAAAACUGAGUUACGUUAUUGUUGUUAAAUUAAGAGCAUGAAACGUUUGACGUUUGAAGAUUUGCUUUUAUUCUGAAAACAACGUGAAUAUAUAGGAAGUGGUGUUUUUGCUUCCGGGUCUUGCAGGCUAUUUCCUGUCGAGCUCGGUUAGCAUUUUUUGGGUGAUCCAGCGUCCUUUCAGAGAAGAGAAAUCCUUGAAAAGUGGUCAAAGUUGCACUUUUUUCCAUCACUGACUCUUUGAUGUUUUUAAAAUGUCCGGGUUUCAGGAUCUUUCAGUUUUUUCCGUGGGGGUCCAGCAGCGUACAGUGUGUAAAGAAGAUGUUCCCCCUGAGCAGCGGGAGAGGGGCUCCAGUCUGAACUUGGAGAUUACUGAGCCACCACACAUUAAAGAGGAGCCAGAGGAACUGUGGAGCAGUCAGGGGGGAGAGCAGUAUCACUGGCAGGACAGUGCCAGUGAUACUGAGAGUGCCAAUAUAAUCAAGUUUACUUUUUUUCCUACCCCUGUAAAAACGGAAGAAGACGAAGAGAAUCCCCAGUCCUCACAUCUUCAUAUAAGAAAAUCUGUAGGGAAUGAAACAGGAACAGAUGGAGAUGACUGUAAACCAGAGUCAGAGGCAGCCAAGUUCUUUGAUUCAGAGACAGAUUUACAACCAGAGACUGAGGUCAAGUCUGAAGACUUAUCUGAGGCUGAGACUGAUGACAGCACUGACUGGAUGGAGACAACAGAAGACCAGUCAGGUUUCAACUCAGUGGGACAACUCGAAAAUAUGAUGAGAAAGACUGAUAAGAAUUCACUUCACUGCUCUGAGUGUGGUAAAAUAUUUAAACAGAAAAGAUAUCUAAAAGAUCAUAUGAGAAUUCACACUGGAGAGAGACCCUUCAGCUGUUCUGAGUGUGACAAAAGAUUUAACCAAAUAAGUAAUCUAAAAGAACAUAUAAGAAUUCACACAGGAGAGAAACCCUUCAGCUGUUCUGAGUGUGGUAAAAGAUUUAACCAAAAACAACAGUUUACAAAUCAUAUGCGAAUUCACACAGGAGAGAAACCUUUCUGCUGCCCCAAAUGCUGUAAAAGAUUUACCCUACAAGGGAAUUUGACCAGACACAUGAGAAUUCACUCAGGAGAGAAAUCUUUGGGCCUUUCUGAGUGUGGUGAAAGAUUUGACCAGACCAAACAAAUGUCAGUUCACACUAGACAGAAACCCUUUAGCUGCUCUGAGUGUGGUAAAAGCUUUAGUCAUAAAAGUUAUCUGACUAUACACAGGAGAAUUCAUUCAGGAGAGAAACCCUUUAGCUGCUCAGAGUGUGGUAAAAAUUUUUAUCAACAAAAUCAUGUUACAUAUCAUAUGAGAUGUCACACAGGAGAGAAACCCUUUAGCUGCUCUGAGUGUGGUAAAAGAUUUAACCGCAAUGAAAAUCUGACCAGACACAUGUUUGUUCACGCUAGAGAGAAAAUCUUGUAUUUAGAUGUCAGUGGGGGAUUUAACCUUGAAGAUGAAGUAACCAAACAUUAGAAACCUUAUACUGCAGGGAAACCCAUCUGCUGGUCUACGCUUUGUAAGAGAUUUAGUCUUUAAUAUGAUUUGACCAAGGAUGUGAGUAUCAUACAGGAGAGAAACCUUACAGCUGACCAAAUGUGGGAAAAGUUAAAAUAAUCUGUUCAGGCAUAUGUUACUUUACAUUGGACAAAUGCAUUUCAACUGCAUUCAGUGUGGUUAAAAAGCCUUAAAAAUAAUUUACCAAUCAUGGGAGAAGUCAUACAGGAAACCCUUUGUAGGCUCAGAGUUUGGUAAAGAUUUACUCAACAAUGUUUUCUGACCAGGCAAAUGGUAGUUCACACUCAGCAGGAAUAAGAUACUCUUUAGCUGCUCUAACUUUGUUACAGGCUUCCCUGAAAAAUCUUAUGUGGCACUUAACAGAUCUUAGAAACCAUUCACCAUGAGUUUUUUGACCGGAGGUUUCCUUGGCUAUAGCAAUUCGCAAGUGGGAUGAUGGUCAAGUUUCAGUGGCUCUUCAAAACCAGCAUGAGGAGAAAAUAGAGGCAGAACCAGGAUCUAGUGGAGAGGACUGUUGAAGAUGAGAACCUGCCAGGAACACAGACUGAUGAAAAAACUGAAGACUCUCUUGAACCUGAGAUUAAGGACCGAGCUGAUGGCUGUGAGCAGACCAUAGAACAUCAGGGAUGUUUAAACUCUAAGAUAUUUUGAAUUUUCCUUGGUCAUAUGAGAUAAACCACUGUUGAGACACCACUCUGAGUCUCAGAGAGAGACCAUAUAAAUGAUGAAAUACUUAAAUGUUUAAAACUUUUAACAAGAAAAAAAAAAAAAAACUUUCAUGGUCAAAUUUGAAUGAGGUCCUAUUUCCUUUUUCUUUUUGCCCCCACAUCAAUAGAAAUACACCAUCAUCCUUGACCUUUUCAUCUUGUUUUACGUAAUAAGAGCAUCAACUUUUCUUACCAAAGGACUGUUGGAUUUGUGUUGAGGACAUAAUUAUUUCCCAAAUGGAUCCUUGCUUAUAUUUUUUCUGUUCUUUUAUAAUGGUCAUAACUCAAGAAAGAGACUUUUCAGUGCAGUUUUGCAAACCUUAAGACUCUGGAUCUAGUGUUGACAUGGACUGGAGUGACUGUUUUCUUCACACCACACAGAAGUAAACCUGUCAGAUUUGAGACAUGUUGUAAAUACCUGAGCCUUAAUGCCUUGAUUUUAGUUGAAGAACAUAUGAAAAGAUGUUAAAAUCUCAUUUAAUUCAAAUGUCUUUUCUGAAGUAACCUCCUGCUUUGGGCCACUGUGUGCAACAACUGGUGUUAAACAAAAGUGUGUUAUUUUCUCUUAAUGUCAUCAAUAUAUUAGAAGUAAAAAGUGAUACGUAUUGUAAUAGUCAUAGUAAAUAGGAAUAGGAAAGUAAAAAUAUAAAUAGUAAUCAAAAGUAGU